AUGACUUUGAAUUACAUCAAUAUGGCAGAAACCAGACUAAAGAAAAACUGCAUGCCUCUAGACACUAUGGAGAAUAAUUCUGUCAUUCCUACUUCACCAAAGAAACUGUAUAGGAAACUCAGAUCACAUACCUCUGUAAAAUCUGGAGGGGAUUCCAGUCUGAGCAUAACAAGGGAAGUGUGCAUGCAGAGUGGAAAGAGUUUCAGUAGCAAAAGUAAUCUUAAUUUCCACACUGGGGAGACAUCACAUAAAUGUCGGUAUUGUAGAAAGACCUUUACCCAGAAAGGACAUCUUAACCUUCAUAAAAAAAUCCAUACUGGGGAGAGACCAUACAAAUGCUUGGAAUGUGGAAAGGCCUUUAUCCGGAAAGACCAGUUUGAUCUUCAUGAAAGGAUCCACACUGGGGAGAAACCAUAUCAAUGCUUGGAGUGUGGAAAGAGCUUUGGUAUCAAAAGUAGUUUUAGUCGCCACCAAAGGAACCACACAGUGGAGAAACCACACAAAUGCCUAGAGUGUGGAAAGAGCUUCAUUAUCAAAAGUGCCCUUAUUCUUCACCGCCGGAUCCACACGGGAGAGAGGCCGUAUAAAUGCAUGGAAUGUGGAAUGAGCUUAAUUAGCCAGGGUAAAUUUAAUCGCCACCAAAGGAUCCACACAGGGGAGAGACCAUAUAAAUGCAAGGUGUGUGGAAAGAGCUAUACCCGGAAAGGACAUCUUAAUCGGCAUGUAAGUAUCCACACAGGGGAGAGUGUCAUGGCCCCAUCGGAGCCUAGUUCGGAGGAGGAGGAGGAGGAGUUGGAACUGGGACUGUCCGACAGGGAUGACACAUCUCCUUUGGCAUAUUUGGAGAGGCCAGUGGCUGUCCCAGGCCCCUCAGGCCCUGGGGGAGGUGAUCGACAAGACGGAGAGCUGCCUGCCUGCAAAGACACGGGAGGAUCGGCUGCUGGCUGGUAG